UUUAUCUCUCUGGGGCAAAGGCAAAAGCUUAUCUUCUUCUCACAAUCAGAGCAGUGAGUGCCAAAAAAGAUUCAAAAGUCGCCGAGAGCACAAACCCUCCUCUAAUGGCGUCUCUCUCCAUGGCUUCCGUCAACCUUAGCUUCUCUCCCUUACGCUCUCCUCCAAAGGUCUCCACUCACGCUUCCGUUCAAUUCGCUCGGUUCAGCUCGUCGAGUCUUGCCUCAGCUCACUGCAUUUCUGGGCUUCGCGCGGUUCUUCCUCAGAAGAUAUCCACCGUCGUCUCUCAGAGUUCUCAGAGGCUUCAGACUCUUACCGUUUUCGCUCAUAAGGGAUACAAGAUGAAGACCCACAAGGCCUCGGCGAAGAGGUUCAGGGUGACGGGUAGAGGGAAGAUAGUGAGGAGGAGGUCCGGGAAGCAGCAUUUGUUAGCUAAGAAGAACAACAAGAGGAAGCUGCGUCUUUCCAAAAUGCAUGAAGUGAGCCGGAGUGACUAUGACAAUGUGAUAGGCGCUCUUCCCUACCUGAAAGUCAACCGAAAGGCGACUUAAGCAGAGCCGGCUUGAUCAUUUUCUUACCUGCAUUUCUCAUUUUGUAAUCUAAGUUGUGAUAAUACUCUCUUUUGUUUUUGUGAUUUUUUGGUCAAUGAGUUGAUCCUUCUUCUACCUUCU